CGUGGGGGGAGACUGCGCGCGGCAGGGCUGGAAGAUGGCGCCCGUUAGCGGGGCGGCGCGGCUCGGAGCGGGUUAUUGGGCCGCGCUGGGCCGGCGCUGCGGAAGGGCUCCGCUCGCACCUGCCUUCGGGGCGGCCCCUUAUUCCUCCGUGCCUGCGGUGAGCAGCGGGGAAGGCCAGCAGAGGGAAGCUUCCACAAGGAGAAGAGGCAGGACACAACAGUUUGUAAGAUCAGGUAUACCUCCCAGAACUGAGAGGAUGGCUGUUGAUCAGGACUGGAGCAGUGUUUAUCCGACAGCAGCAGUGUUUAAACCUGCCUCUGUGCCUCUCCCAGUUCGAAUGGGUUACCCAGUGAAGGGAGGAGUACCUCCACCAAAGGAAGGCAACUUAGAACUUAUGAAGAUUCCCAAUUUUUUGCAUCUUACUCCUCCUGCAAUUAAGAAACACUGUGCAGCUCUUAAAGAUUUCUGCACUGAAUGGCCGAGUGCUUUGGACAGUGAUGAGAAAUGUGAACAGCAUUUUCCUAUUGAAAUUGAAACGGUAGAUUAUGUUUCUUCAGGGACAUCUAUUCGUAAUCCCAAAGCAAGAGUGGUGAUUUUAAGAGUAAAACUUUCUAACCUGAAUUUGGAUGACCAUGCCAAGAAGAAGCUCAUUAAACUUGUAGGAGAGCGGUACUGUAAGGAUACAGAUACACUCACAAUUACAACAGACAGGUGUCCACUAAGAAGACAGAACUAUGAUUAUGGCAUACACCUCCUCACAGUUUUGUACCAUGAAUCUUGGAAAACUGAGAUAUGGGAGAGCGAGAAGACUGAGGAAGAUAUGGAAGAAUAUGUAUGGGAAAACAGCUGUUCUCAGAAAAAUGCCUUGGAUACACUACUUCGAAUAAAAGCCUCGGAGAAUGACGGUAACGUAACUGAGGAAGAGCUGCUUGCAUCUGAAGUGGUUAAGAAUUACAGAAACUCUGUAACUGCACUUAAAAAUGAAGAAACAGAAGAUAACAUGUCUCAGUAUAAGGAAUCCGUGAAGAAACUAUUGAAUAUACAAGCAUUACCAUGAGAGCAGGCUCUGCAGGUACACCCAAUUAUUAUGGAAAUAUGAAACUACUGUGUUAAUAUUUCUGUAUGAUACGGAUGUAUAAUUAUUCAGAACCUUAACCUAAAGUAUGAAACUUGAUGAUGACUUAAUUUCAAUAGCAAUCAGAUUUUUGUUUACCUCUGGAUUUUCUUGUAAACAUAAUUUCCCUGUCCAUUAAUACUGUUCUUUGAAUAAAGUAUGUUUUGAGUCAUA